GAGAAUUUGAUAGAGAGAAAAUGAAGCAGUUGAAUAGCAGUAGUAUUCAAAGGAACAACACAUUUUCAUCGAUUUUCGUGAAAUUUGGUGUUUGUUUUCUCUUCCUGGGCCUCGCUUACCGCCUCUUUUCCUCCAGUUUUGUUCAGUUUUCACCUGUUCUGUUGGGUGACGGCGGCGACACCGGAUUGCCCGUCGACACCACGACUCCGCCGCCACCCCGGCUCCUGGCUGAGCCGCCGCCGGAAACCACCGAUGUUGAUCGUCUUGUGAGUCCUGCUAGUCACAAUGCUUCACAAAAUUUUACAGAAACAUGUGAUUUAUUUACAGGAGAAUGGAUUCCUGAUCCAAAUGGUCCAAUGUACACAAACACCACUUGCCGUACGAUCGAAUCCCCUCAAAAUUGUAUGAAAAACGGACGGCCAGAUUUCGAUUACGUUUACUGGCGAUGGAAACCGAAGGACUGCAAUUUACCCAAAUUCGAUCCUAAGAAAUUCCUCAACAUAAUGCGAUACAAAUCUCUCGCAUUCAUCGGUGAUUCAAUCAUGCGUAAUCACGUGCAAUCCUUGCUCUGCAUGCUCUCGCCGGUCGAAGAAGCGGUUGAAAUCUACCACGACAAGACAUAUAGAAACCGAAGAUGGUCUUUCCCAACGCACCACUUCACUGUGUCCGUAAUAUGGUCACCUUUCCUCAUGAAAGCAUUCACAUUCGAGGACGACAACGGUGUCUCGACGGGGUUAAUCAAGCUCCACCUAGACGAGGUGGACCCCGUUUGGACGAACGCGUACGAGGAUCUCGAUUACGUAAUAAUCGCCGGUGGCAAAUGGUUCCUCAAAUCCGCACUCUACUACGAGAACAAAACCCUAGUGGGGUGUCACAAUUGCCACAACGAGAACAUAACUCAGCUCGGAUUCGGCUACGCGUACGAAAAGGCACUCAGCUCCACUUUCAAAUUCAUGGCCGACUCUAAGAAAGAGAAGAACAAAACCCCGUUUAUCUUGUUUAGAACUUCGGCACCCGACCACUUUGAGAACGGGGAGUGGGACACGGGGGGUUACUGCAAUCGAUCUAGGCCGUUCAAAAUGGGGGAGAUUGAGAUCAACGAUACGGAUGAGAUAAUGAGGAGGGUGGAACUAGGGGAGUUCGAGAGGGCGUAUUCGUCGUUUAACGAUGGGGAGGUGAGUUUGAUGAAGAUGUUUGAUCCGACUAUGCUUUCGCUUUUGAGACCGGACGGACAUCCGGGGGUAUAUCGGGAAUUUCAUCCGUAUGAAGGGAAGGGUAGAGAUGCAAAGAUACAGAAUGAUUGUUUGCAUUGGUGUUUGCCGGGGCCGAUAGAUUCUUGGAAUGACUUGAUUAUGGAAAUGCUUGUUAAAGAUUCGAAAUUAUAAUAUGGUUUAUUCAGAAUUCGGGAUCCUUCGAUGAAGUAAUAUGUAUAUAGCUUCUUCGUUUUUCUGUUUCUUUUUCUUGAGUUUUACGAGGUUCGGUUCAAAUAUAAUGAGAAACGUACAUUUCCGAGA